AUGGACUAUGCAAACAAUUACCUCAUCCAUUUGGGAAGGGGAAUUAUGAAAACAUAUUGGUUACGAUGGAAAGGACAAUCAAUAGAUUUAUCAACAAGCUAUGAAACAGAUGGGUGUAACAUGUUACCAAGUCAUAAGACGCCGCCCUUAUCCUACGAAAAUGUAAGGAGAUCCACCGUAACGUUCACGCCGGAAAUGGACAUACGUUCCGCAAGAAGUUAUAAGUCGUUUGUCGAUAGUGCUGUUCAUACUGAUCGAGAGCUAAAUCAGAAGUAUGAAAUACCUACCAAAAUCAGAUUUGGAAAUUCAAAAGAAAAACAUUUUAUGAAACCAACAAAAACAGCCGAUGUUCGACCCAAAAGUUCGCAAAUACAUGUCACGAUUCCGAGUACAGCAAAUAGUCGAACUUGUUGCAUUCUAUAA